AUGGGCGCCUACAAGUAUGUCCAGGAACUCUGGAGGAAGAAGCAGUGCUGGGAGUACAGGCAGUACCCCAUGGUUCUGCGCGUCAGCAGGCCCAGCCGCCCCGACAAGGCCCGCCGUCUCGGCUACAAGGCCAAGCAGGGCUUCGUCAUCUACAGAGUGCGCGUCCGCCGUGGUGGCCGCAAGAGGAAGAUCAGGAAGGGUCGCGUCCACGGUAAGCCCGCCACCCAGGGUGUCAACGCCCUCAAGUUCCAGAGGUCCCUCCGUUCCGUCGCUGAGGAGCGUGCUGGCCGUCGCUGCGGCAACCUCCGCGUCCUGAACUCUUACUGGGUUGCCCAGGAUGCCACCUUCAAGUUCUUCGAGAUCAUCCUCGUGGAUCCCUUCCACAAGGCCGUCCGUCGCGACCCCAAGAUGAACUGGAUCGCCGCCCCCACCCACAAGCACCGCGAGAUGAGGGGUCUGACCUCCGCUGGCAAGAAGUACAGGGGUCUCCGUGGCAAGGGUCACAACUACACCAAGUCCAGGCCCUCGAGGCGCGCCGUCUGGAAGAGGAACAACAAGGUCUCGCUCAGGCGUUACCGUUAA